AUGGCAGAUUCGAUCAACCGGUGCAUCGAACUGGAUCCAAUUUACGUGCCUUUAGGUGCAAAAGACCAACAUCUCAACCGGAUUACUCAAGGAGGACUGAAUAUUGGAUUCACAAAUAAAGAAACAAGGAACUCCUCGGAGUCAAAUCAACGAAGGUCACAAGCCGGAACUCGGAAUGACAAAGAUCACUCCAAUAUCGACCAGAUUACGACGGCGAGGGAUGCCAAGCUCAAAGGUCACAAAGCUCACUUGGCAGUGGCAUCGCUGACAAUUACAUACGAUCGCGAGCGUGUUAUCGACUUCACCACACCGUUCAUGAGUUUGUCACUGAGCGUGAUAAUACAAAAGAGCAAACAGGACACUGGUCUUCAGUUCACCGCACCAUUGUCUAGGGAGGUUUGGAUAUCCGUACUCAUUGCAUACAUUGUUGUGAGCCUCAUGCUGUUCUUACUGGGCCGAGUGACCCCUCACGAAUGGUAUGCGCGACACCCAUGCAGCACACGUGUGGAAAACCAGUUCACUUUGUGUAACAGUUUCUGGUUCACCGUCGGAUCCCUAAUGCAACAAGGAUGUGACAUCUCUCCGAGAGCCACGUCAACUCGCAUUAUCGGAACCAUCUGGUGGUUUUUCAUCCUUAUCAUGGUAUCUUCGUACACGGCCAACUUGGCUGCCUUUCUAACGAUUGAUCGAAUGGAGACGGAGAUCGAAAAUGUGGAAGAUCUGACGAGGCAGACUAAAAUCAAGUACGGGACUCUCUACGGAGGAUCAACCUAUUCAUUUUUCAAAAGAGGCGUUGACUGUCAGGAAGCAAAAAGACGAAUAAGAGCCAGAAGCCCCAAUCAUCUCACCAGCAGAGCUGAAAGCCUUUACCACCCUGAAAACAGGCGAAUAACAGUGAUUAGAAAGGCGAAUAGGGAAUUGAAUAAGAGUGAUUGUCCAAAGAAGGUUAAGCGACACCUAGCUGAAUGCUUUUUCUAG